GAUGAUAAUGGCGAGGUGCGAUUAGUCGCUGGCGCUGCGGGCGGUGUGAAAAUUCCAACUGCUAUAGCAAUGGUUAUUGCCGGCAUGUUUUGGUUUGAUCAUAACAUCAAAGAAGCUGUAGAUGCACCACGAAUACAUCAUCAGCUUAUACCGAUGGAAGUACAAUACGAAUAUGGAAAUACGCAGCAACUAAUCACGGGUCUGGAGUUGAUCGGCCAUAAAACGAAUCGAUACAGUGAUCGUGGCUCAGUGGUGUGCGCAAUAGCUAAAAAUCAAUCGGGAAUAUUUGCCAAUGCUGAUUAUCGUAAAGCUGGCGAAGUUGUUGGACUAUAACUGAAUAAAAUUGAUUCAAAUCUCUUACACAAUGACGGGAAAGGAAUGUGCACAUUUUUAACUAGUGACAAUGUCAUUGAUAUAAAAGAAAAUAAACAAUUUUGAUUGAAUAAAUUA